CGCGUGACACAGGGCUGACCUGGGAAAAUGGUAAAGAAAUGUGAGCCCGUUUCCUUAAAAAUAUUUUGCCCGUACCUGAAAGUGACAGAGGUGUGGAAAGAAGAAGCGUCAAGAUUGUUUUUAGAAAAAUAAAAGUUGUAAAGUGCACGGGUGAUGUUAUCAGUAAACAGCCUGGUGCUGGCGAGAGCACCCUCAGUGGCAUUUUUACCUGAAAGGAUGGGGGACAUUCUCAACUCCAGCGACAGCAGGAGGACAACGAACGCUUCUUUGGCAGACCUGCACAAAUUCAGCAAUUUGGACGACAUCGAUGUGACGGCGGACGGCAGCCCAGCUCUGAGGAUUAUGAUCUCGCUGGUGUACUCGGUGGUGUGCGCUGCGGGGUUGGUGGGCAACCUGCUGGUCUUUUUCCUCAUGAAGGUGAGACAAGGGAGAAAGAAAUCCACCAUCAACUUCUUCAUUAUCAACCUGGCGGUCACCGACUUCCAGUUUGUGCUGACUCUGCCAUUCUGGGCGGUGGACACCGCUCUGGACUUCAGCUGGCCGUUCGGGGAUGCGAUGUGCAAGAUCAUUCUCUCCAUCACAGUCAUGAACAUGUACGCAAGUGUGUUCUUUCUCACGGCCAUGAGCAUCACCCGUUACUGGUCCGUGGCCUCGGCCUUGAAGAACCGGAGCCGACAGAUCACCUGUUCAGUGAAGUGGGUGAGCGCGCUGCUGUGGGUCUCGGCCACCGUGGCCACGGCCCCAACGGCCAUCUUCUCAACGGUCACCACCGUGGCCGGAGAAAAGCUCUGUCUCCUCAGGUUCCCCGAUGGUCAGUACUGGUUAGCGCUAUACCACCUGCAGAAAAUCAUGAUCGCCUUCGUCAUUCCCAUGUUGAUAGUGUCCAUCUGCUAUCUGCUGCUCCUGCGGUUCCUCCGACAGCGCAGCAUGAACAACAAUAAUCCAAAACGAAGGUCCAAAGUCACUAAAUCCGUCACCAUCGUGGUCCUUUCGUUCUUCUUAUGUUGGAUGCCCAAUCACGCCAUCACAUUCUGGGGAGUUCUCGUCAAAUUUAAUGCGGUCCACUGGGAUAAAUCUUACUAUAUGGUUCACACCUACGUCUUUCCCGUCACGGUCUGCUUGGCUCAUGCCAACAGCUGUUUGAACCCUAUUCUGUACUGCCUCAUGAGAAGAGAGUUCAGAAAGAUGCUAAAGGAUGUCUUCUGGCGGAUUUCGUCCCCUACAAUUUCCAACACCUGUCCCAUCCGCCCGUUUUCUGGUUCCUUCAAACCUGAGCAUGAAGAUACACAAGUAGUUAUCCCUCUCCACAUCAUUGAGAGCGAGCAGUGUAGACUGACGUCGGUCUUCAACGGGCGCUGUGACACUUUGCCUUCUUCAAGCGCCCUCAUGCAGAAAUAAAACAAGAGCGCUCAGAGAGCAGGAUCUAAUUUGAAAACUCACGAAACAAUAUGAAGAAUACAAUCCUCUCGCAAACUCUGAUGUACUGUAAAAGGCAACAUGAACGCACAAGGCAACGCGCAAUUGCGAGACGUUUGUGCUGUGUUCCAAACGAGAAGCGACACCUGAUCAGAGUCGCAUCAAAGCAGAACUCUGUUUUGAGGAGGAAGGACAGCCGCCGCGGAGUUCAGUGCAGACUCUUACCUGAUAAGUAACGAAUGUAGCGUUCAAAAGCCAGCAACUAACAAGAUCAAAAGACCGGCGUGAAAAUGCACGGAAAUCUGCAAAAGUAUAUCUGAUUGUAAUAUUUCAUACUGUUAUAUUUAAGUGUUAACGUGCCAAAUUAUUCUUCUACUACAGCGUGUCUAUUGCAAACAUUCGUGUGUCCGGUGUUGCUUUUUCAUGACAUGUUAAAAGCUGUGAUAAGUGCUGUCUAGAAAAGAUUCACUGCUUCUGGCAUUUAACAACUAGCGCAUGUCGGUUUCUGACUUGUCUUUCUCUAUACAGUACAUAUACGACUAUACCAAAAUAAUUUGAACCUUUAUUUUCUAUCAGUAAAACCCAAAAUCGAUUAACAGAGGCUUUAAGAACAGCAAUCUUAACAAAAAACACACGAUCAAACAGUAUUUAAAUCGAAAAGUUGCAUACCCAAUAUUCUGUUAUCUACACGAUCUUUUAAAAUAUACUGGUCUGUUUAAUGGCGUCUCUGUUUCACGUAUGUAAAACUGUCAUUUAUCAAGUGAACCUCUAGAUUUUUAACCAAGCUUGUUAAAGAAUGAGCAACCGCUACAGCAUAUCAACGAACCCUUCACUGUAUGUUCAAACUUUCACAUCUUUUUUCUGUAACUGAGGUGAAGUGUUUCGAAAGACAGCAGAAAUAAGAAAUAAUCUGAAGAAAACAAUCUGAAAUCGUAAUAUGGGGUAAAAAAAAAUCCCCCCAAGAGAAUUAGACCAAACAAUUAAAGUACGAUGUGGGUAUAUGGGAAAGCGUGAAAAUGUUAAGAAUUUUAUUUUGUAAUUAAUACUGUCUGGUUAUUGGCUUUGCUUUAUUAGUUCCAGUGCGAGUACUCUAUUAAGUACAGAAUGUGCGCCAAAACCACACUUCAUAUAACCAAAGCAUCAUAAUCACGCAAAGGUAACUCAAAUUUCUAUUGAUCUGUUUACACCUGUGUCUGUACUAUUCCUGUUUGGUUUUUUUUUCUGUGAGAGUUCAUCUGUUAAGAUUGUACCACAACCAUUAUGUCAAUGUUUAUGGAUCAAUUUUAUCAAAUUUUAGGAGAAUGCAUCGAAGGUGUAAAUCUACUCAAAUCAAUAAAUGUUAUAAGAGUC